UUGAAUAUCAUUAGGUUAUGUGAUGCUUGUUAUAUAUGGUAAGGAAACUUUGAGAAAAAAAAAGAGAAAUUGUCCACCGACUGAGUUUCCAUGGCUUUGGUUUCCUCUAAAUUGGGUUGCCCUAGCAACCCGAGUCUGACGUCAUCCGUCCCAGUGCGACCCUGCUGCUGUGUCUUUGAUUGAAGGGAAACCCCGUGGAUGAGCGGGAGAGAUCAUCAGCUGUGCGGCCGGGAAUCAGGAACAACAUCGUCUAACGACACUCGCAGCCCACUCAGGAGCCAUGGCAGAAAAGGAGGACCUGAUACAGCAAGCCAAACUGGCUGAACAGGCUGAGCGCUAUGAUGACAUGGCCGCAGCCAUGAAGGCGGUCACAGAGGAGGGCACGGAGCUCAGCAACGAAGAGCGCAACCUGCUCUCCGUUGCCUACAAGAAUGUGGUGGGGGCUAGGAGGUCCUCUUGGAGGGUGGUGUACAGCAUGGAGCAGAAGUCAAAAGAUAAUGACGCAAAGAGUGCACUGGCCAAGGAGUACAAAGAGACGAUUGAGAAGGAGCUGAACGACAUCUGCAAGGAAGUACUGGACCUGCUCGACAAACAUCUGAUCCCCAAUGCUAAGCCUGCUGACAGCAGUGUCUUCUAUCUGAAGAUGAAGGGGGACUACUACCGCUACCUGGCUGAGGUGGCCACUGGAGAAAAAAAGGAGGAAAUCAUCAAUAGUUCACGAGCUGCCUACCAGCAGGCCUUGGAUAUCAGCACCAAGGAAAUGCAGCCUACACAUCCCAUCCGCCUAGGCCUCGCUCUUAACUUCUCUGUCUUCUACUACGAGAUCGUCAACUCACCCGAGGAGGCCUGCAAACUGGCCAAGGCGGCCUUUGACGAAGCCAUUACCAUGCUGGACUCCCUCAACGGUGAAUCCUACAAAGACAGCACCUUGAUCAUGCAGCUGCUUCGUGACAAUCUGACACUGUGGAUGUCAGACGCCCAGGGAGAAGGCGAGGGUGAAGGAGAGGAGACGGAGCAGGUAGCUGAAAAGAACUGAACUUCGGAAAAACAACAAGAAACACACAUUUUUUACCUCUCACCAGCCUAAGUUGUGUGUGUGUGUGGUUGUGUGUGCACAUACAUGCACAGAUAUGUAUGUUUACACUCCACUCACAAUGUGUAAAGUACAGUAUGUGUGUGCAGAUACAUUGAAGAGUGUGUGUGUGUGUGUGUGUGUGUGUGUGUGUGUGUGGUAAUUGUAUGAGCACCCCCACAGAGAAAAGAAUGGAAUAGAUCUUUCUUUUGAACAUUACUCAUUGUGUCAACCAGUGGAUGUUUAUUUUUUGUUCUUUUGGUCCAUGGUUAAGUCGAGAUGAAAUCCCUCCUUAGAUCCAAAACAGCCACAUUCUCUUUAACCUUAUCCACUGUAGCAAACUACUGCUGUUGCAGGAAACGCAAACAAAAACACCUCUAAAUGUAAUUUUGAUAAUUUGUAUGUUUUUACUUGAACUCAACAUUUACAAUCUUUGUGACACUUAGGUCUACAAAAUCCUUUUGAAGCACGUAAACUGUAAAAAAAUAAAUAACUGUCAGCGGUAUGAAUUUACUAAAUUUUAGGUUUCAUCUGACAGAAUAGUGAUCAUAUAGAUGGCAGAACUUACCUCGGUAAAGAUCUAUUACCAUAUUGCUUGUAUCCAUCCCGCCCUGUCAGUGUCCAGCGUAGCAGGUAGUGUUUUUAUGGAUGGUACAUGUGUCAUGGCUCAGUGGGUUCUAUGUGCAUUCAAACGUUGGAAAGGUUUUCUGUAUGAAAGGCCACUUGCGAAAACUGUAGUUAGACUUUAGUUGAUCGUUUUCUUGAGAGGACUACAUUGCAUUUCACUGACAUAUUUUCACUCUCUGUGAAAUGUUUAGACUAUUAUUUCCUGCAAUUUUCCAUAACACACAACAAGGUAUAGACGGCCUAAGAUAAAGUGAACAACUUGACAAAAUGGCUCGAUACUGUAACUUUUGAUAUUUUAUCUUUUCAGCAGUGCAGAGGAUACUUUUGCCAUGUGCUUUUAUGUGGCUUUCUACUCGUUUCUAUUCAGGUGUUUUGUAUUUUCUUUUGGUGUAUUUUAUUCCCUUUGACUCAUGAUUUGACUCCUGGAAUGUAUGUGGUUCUCAGUAGUAUGGUGUGAGGGUUAGCCGUGCUUUGAAACUGGCAGUUUUUGCUUAGGAUUUAGCUUGAACCAGGUGGUUUACAGUAACAUUUACCUUCCUUGAAAUGACAUUGUGAAAAGACAAACUAAAACAAUGCUAACUAUAAACUGAUUAUUAAAGUAACUUGGUAGAAAGCUGCAUUAUGACCAUUAGUAGUCAAAAGUAGUGCCAGUUUAUCUAUUACAGUACCUUGGUUUUAAAAAGAUGGGAUGCAGGAUUCAGAAUUUGCAAGUUAAACUCUGAGUACGUUAUUUGGUUAUGUGCUUUCAUGUAAGUGGAAUUAAAAACAUUAAAAU